AUCAGUCUUGUGGUUGGGCACAAAAAAUCUUCAUUUUCAAGUGUUGAACAAUCGCCUCAAAUCUAAUUUUAUUUAUGAAAUUAUUUUCAAUCUCUGCGCGCGACCAAGUUGAAUGAAAUCGUAGAGGGGAACGUAUUCAUAAAAUGUAAUGUGUGUUUUAUACCUCUAGUGACUGUGUGCCAACAGUGCUUUACAAACCAAAUAUUUAGUAUUGACUUACAUGUGACACAAAAAUACUACUUGGCAAGGAAAAUUCAAGGUUGGUGAACGAAAUGGGUGAAGAAGCGAACGUGAGGAAGAACAAUAUUGCGAACGGAGUCAAGAUAUCGGUGGUGGAUAUGGCCAGAACAGUCCCAGAUGGGUCCCCCAAAAAAUACCAAAUAAGUGAUCCCGUCAAAGCUAAAGGAGCUAUCCCGCAGCCCUAUUUGACAAUGUUCGCCUCGGAGCUCCUAGGCACCGCCCUCCUCAUGUUCCUGGGGUGCAUGGGGUGCAUAAAAAACUACGACGAACCGACGCCGACACACCACUACGGCGGGCUCACAUUUGGCCUCACUGUCAUGCUCGUGAUCCAGAUUUUGGGGCACAUUUCCGGGGCUCAUUUAAACCCGGCGGUGACUCUGGCCACCGUUUUUUUCGGAAUGGUCAAGCCUCUUAUGGCGGUGGUUUACAUAAUCGCGCAGUUUGUGGGCGCUACUUUAGGCUACGGUUUACUUAAAGUUUUAGUAUCAGAUAAAUAUGCUAAUGAGGGCUUUUGUAUGACUACCAUAGACCCUCACCUGACUGUAGUACAGGGUCUAGGUGUCGAAAUUGUGAUAACUACAGUUUUAAUCCUCAUUUGUUGCGCCGUUUGGGACAAAAGAAACGAGACAAAAGCCGACUCGGUGCCUCUGAGGUUCGGGUUUGCCAUUGCGGCCAUUUCGAUGGCUGCUGGUCCUUUGACUGGCGCUAGUAUGAAUACAGCGAGGUCCUUUGCUCCUCUAGUGUUUGGGGGAAGUUGGACCGAUCAAUGGGUAUUUUGGGUUGGUCCAAACGUGGCGGCUUUGAUCGGCUGUGCUCUUUAUAAGUUUUUAUUCAGUGAUCCUGAUGAUGGCAGUAAGAGGGAGAGCAUUUUUCUAGAUGAUGUUCCACCACAGUCGGCAGAUAAAUUUCCCCGAACACGCUGCUAUUUUCCACAAUCCAAAACGACUUCGUCCCAAGUGCAUCCUUCGGUGGCCGUAGCGGUAAACAACAUUUUAAAAAUGUUGGACACCCAAUUCUCGUCGCAAAACGGUGCCGGAGCGCCCGGAAUAUCUUUCAUAGUGGCCCCACCCGGAGCCGUAACUCCGGAACAAAAUAAAUGGGUUGCACAUGAACCGCCAAGGCAGGAAGGGAAAAAAAUCCAAGUCGGUGAUAACUUAACCACGAUGGACCGAGUGGUAAUUUGUGCCUCGGAGAUUUGUGCAACUGCAAUCCUUGUAUUUCUUGGAUGCGCCGGCUGCAUAAACUUCGGAAUCCCUCCUAAUCACUUACAGAUCUGCCUUACUUUCGGUCUCGCUGUCAUGGUCUCAGUCCAGUGUUUCGGCCACAUUUCCGGAUCUCACAUUAACCCACUGGUGACAGUAGCGGCCGCCACUUUGGGUAACAUUCCACUAAUUCAAGUACCUAUUUAUUUCGUGGGCCAAAUGUUGGGUGCAUUGUCUGGUUUCGGCUUAGUGAAGUUAGCAACCCCCACUGAAUAUUUCGAGACCAACUCGACAGUGGGCUUGUGUUCACCGGCCCUCCACGAGGGAGUCACCCCCUUCCAGGGCCUUUUGAUCGAGUUUCUAAUUUCGCUAAUGCUCACACUUGUGUGUUGUGGCGUUUGGGAUUGCAGGAAUAACACAAAGCACGACUCAGUCCCGCUCAGGUUCGGGCUGGCUAUUGCCGUUUUGGCCUUAUCUGGGGGGCCGUACACUGGAGGGAACAUGAAUCCGGCUAGGAGUUUCGCUCCGGCUUUGAUCAAUGGAGACUGGGACAACCAUUGGAUCUACUGGGUUGGACCGCUGAGUGCUUCGUUUAUCGGCGCUCUGUUCUAUAGGUUCCUGUUUGGGAAGGAACCAGUGGAGGAGGAGCAAGGCAAUGUCGCCGAAACUAUUGCUUUGAAUGAUAAAGCUUAACUCAGUUUAUGUAAUUAAUUACAUUUUUUAAAUUAUUAAA